AUGCGCUACAGUACCUCGGACAAGUUCGUGUUAAUGGUGGAUCUCAGAGCUCAACUUUCAGGAAUAAUCUUCUUACUUGCGGCGGCGCGCAACGGGUUACCCACGGCGUUUGAAAUCUUGCUCGCCACCGGCGUAGACAGCAAAACAAGGGAUGAAUUCGGAUUGACUCCGAUGUCUUUGGCGGCAAUAGGAGGACAUGCACACAUAGUAAGGCUGCUCCUAGAUGCGGGCGAUGACUCCGCCUCGUCCCUGGAUCCCCUUGGUCGGAUACCUUUGCAUUGGACAGCACACAGCGGUUACGAGGAUGUUGUCAAGAUACUGGUGGAUAAUCCAUCUCCCAAUGCCGACAUAAGCGAUACGCUCGAUGGCCGGACAGCUUUAUCAUUGGCUGCAGAAGGCGGCCACACAGCAUCGGUUCAGCUGUUGUUGGACCGGGAAGAUGUCGCUGCGGGUAGAAAGGACAAAUUUGGUCUGACGCCACUUGCUUGGGCAUCGCGAAGCGGCCGGGAGGAUGUGGUAAAACUACUGGUUGGACCGACCGGACGUCAAAGCAGACUCACGAGACAUCAAUGGCCAAACGCCCCUAUCAUGGGCCGCAAGAAAUUGACAUUGUGCAGUCACGUCAAUCAGCGAACACCCCUCUCCUGGGCCGUGGAAAGCGGCCAUCUCGAACUAGCAAGGUUGCUGCCGCAAACUGUGUCAGCUGGGUUGAAAGAUGGCGACAAGUAUCAAGGCACAUCGUGCGGAGUCGGGGAGACUGAACCUAACAAGUAG